AAAAAAAGCGUCUUGGUGUAGUUGGAUAUGGCGGCGCUGCUGAGAGGUCUCCGAGCUGGAAGGGCACUUCGGGGGCUGGGCAGCGUGGUGGCUACACCAUCAGCAACAACCCCGCAGAGUAGCAGCCUGAGACGUGGCUUUCAUUGUGCAGCACUGAGGCUUCAGGACGAAUCCAAAUCUGACAAGCCCCCCUCCUCAUCCACAACCUACCAUGAGCACUACCGGGCUCACACUACUGAACAGCACACAACAGCAGCUUCGCAGGGAGACUCAGCAUCUGACCCGGCAGCAGAGGAGGCGUCCAGGCCAAACACCAGUUACCAGGACCAGAGCGGAGAGCAGGGUGAAGAGUACGAAACAGAGGAGCAGCUUCAGGCUCGAAUCUUGACUGCUGCUCUGGAGUUCGUCCCGCAGCACGGCUGGUCGAUGGAGGCCAUUGCAGCAGGUGCAGAGACACUGGGCCUGUCCUCUGCUUCCACUGGGAUGUUCUACAAUGGAGCUGGAGACUUGGUCCUGCAUUUCAUUGCCCAGUGCAACUCACAGCUGACAGAGAUACUGGCUGAACAACACAAGCAGGUCCAGCUGGGCCAGGCUGAACCAAAGAAGACUGCUGACUUUCUAAGAGAUGCUGUUGAGACCAGACUGCGGAUGUACAUCCCCUACAUUGAAACAUGGCCACAGGCGAUGAGCAUCCUGCUCCUUCCUCACAACAUCCCUGACAGUCUGAAGCACCUGUCCAGCCUGGUGGACGACAUCUGGUACUAUGCUGGAGACCGAUCCACAGACAUGAACUGGUACACCAAGCGAGCAGCACUGACGGGCAUCUAUAACACCACAGAGCUGGUGAUGGUUCAGGAUUCCUCUCCAGACUUCCAGGACACCUGGAACUUCCUUGACAACCGCAUUCAGGAUGUAGUCAACAUGGCGGGCACUGCCAAACAGGUGCAGUCGACUGGUGAAGCCGUUGUGCAGGGGCUAAUGGGAGCUGCUGUAACACUGAAGAAUCUGACAGGAGUGAACCAGAGGCGAUGAUGUACAAACAUCUCUCAGUCACAUUGAUCCUGACAAAACGUCUAGUUUGUGUCACGAGCUGAAGAUCAAGUUAUUUUCUUUUUGCUCUUGUUUCCGAUAUUCUGUUUGAAAUGACUCUGAAAACAUUGGAUUAUGACUUUUAUUCAACAAGAGAAAGCUAUUGUUUGUCACGGGCCGCAGGUCUCACCUUGUGUUCAGCCGCAGGAUCAGUGGCUUUGUCCAGUUUUGUGUUAAUGCCCAACAUUUCACUAUCUUGCUCAGAUCAUUUUCUCUCUUUGUAUAAAAGGACACACAGAUCUGUCAUUUUGUUGUUGGAUCAUGAAAGACUUCAAUAAAGUAGCUAUUAUUGUAUAUUUAA